UCUUUUGAAGUAUUUAGACACUUACUAGCAUCACCGAGCUCACGACACAGAAUUAAUACCACUCCACCACCCUCUAAGAAAUUAAUUCACAAUGCCUUCCCUUAGCUUCUUUGUUAUAUGUGUACACAUUUCUAUUAUCUUCUUCAUCGCAUGCAAUGCCACAGAGUCCAAAAUUUCAUCAAAGUUUCCUGCCAUUUUCGUCUUUGGUGAUUCAUCGGUAGAUACUGGUAACAACAACUAUUUUAGAACGGGUCCUAGGGGCAACCAUCUCCCAUAUGGCAAAGACUUUCCAGGUCAUAUUCCAACAGGGAGGUAUUCUAAUGGAAAACUGACUCCAGACUUCCUGGCCUCUAUGUUGGGGAUAAAAGAAACUGUUCCUCCUUUCUUGGAUCCAAAUCUGUCAAAAUAUGACCUACAAACGGGCGUUAACUUUGCAUCAGCUGGUUCAGGUUUUGAUGAUCUAACGACUAUUGCAAGCGGAGCAAUUUCGAUGUUCAAGCAAGUUGAUCUUUUGAAGAAGUAUAUUGUGAGGCUCAAAGGAAUUGUAGGAGAAAAGGAGGCAAAGAAGCUAAUCAGUGGCUCUUUGUAUUUUACUAGUGUAGGUACAAAUGACUUUCUUAUUUUUUAUGAUACACCGACAAGGAGGUCCCAAUUCAACGUUAGCGGGUACCAAGAUUUUAUUCUAAACAGGACGCAAAUCUUUUAUAAGCAACUAUAUGACCUUGGAUGCCGUAAAAUGAUGGUAGUUGGUCUUCCUCCAAUUGGUUGCUUGCCCAUCCAGAUAACCAUGAAGUACCCGAUACCAAUAAAUAGAAAAUGCAUAGAGCAUCUAAAUGCAGAUUCUCAAAGUUAUAAUCACAAGCUGGUGAAUCUAUUAUCCAAAUUACAGGCAGUUCUUCCAGGGAGUAAAUUUGCCUAUGCAGAUAUCAAUCAGCGGGUGAUAAACAUGAUCAAUAAUCCACAAAAGUAUGGCUUUGUUGAAACUUCGAAAGGGUGCUGUGGUACCGGGUACGUGGAGGCCGGGACCUCUUGUAAUUCAAUGACUUCAACAUGUGAGAGGGAUUCACAAUACUUAUUUUUUGAUUGCAUCCAUCCUAGUGAAGCGACCCAUCACUACAUUUCUAAAAACAUUGUAAAACAAGACAUUCCUAAGUUGUUAUAGGAAUACAGGGGACUGUCAAAAUAAGAGUUUUAUAAUUUAGUGAUAUAAUUUGUUUUAAUCCAAGUUUGAAUCUUUUCUUUCUAUA